UUUAAUAAAUAGUGAAUUAAUAUUACAUUUUAUUGUGUGGUUUUGAACAAAAAUCAAAAAAAGAAGAACUGUUUUCAGUGCUCAUUGGAUAAAAGAAACGCAAUCCACUAGCGACGCGUGGAAACUUCCCGAAAGCCGCACGAGCUGCUCUCUGUCCGCUGCUGCUUCUCUCUCUUUUUCAACGAAGCAUUUUGCGUUCUAUUUCCUGUGCGUCAGGAGCAGGCAGCGUAUAUUUAUUUACCAACAUACAAAAACACACGCGUUAGGUGAGAAGUGUGUGUAAAAACGGCACGCAGAGAAUACUUAAAGCGUGCAGCAAGUGUUUAUACUAAGUAGCUCAAAAACAGCCCAAAAAUUGGUAAAGUGGACGGCACAAUGGGCAGCUCGGACGAUCGGGUCUAUGCUGCCGAAAAAAUCAUACAGAAGCGCGUUAGAAAGGGCGUUGUGGAGUACCGUGUCAAGUGGAAGGGCUGGAACCAACGGUACAACACAUGGGAGCCAGAAGUAAACAUUCUGGAUCGACGCCUUAUCGACAUCUAUGAGCAAAGCAACAAAUCUUCAGGCACGCCCUCUAAACGUGGCAACAAGAAGAAGGAAAAAGAGCCUGAUCCAGAGCCCGAAUCCGAAGAGGAUGAAUACACAUUUACUGGAGAUGAUGUGGACACCAAUCAGGCAACAACCUCAAACGUGGCAGCCAACUCCGCUCAAGAAAGCGAGAAGAAAGAUAAGGAUAAAAAGCAUCAUCAUCACCACCAUCAUCACCACCACCACCACAACAACCAAAGCAUAAAGUCCGAACGUACCAGCAGCCGUCGCUCCGAGUCGCCCCACCCACAUCAUCACGAGUCGAAGCGACAGCGUACGGAGCACAGCUCAUCCUCAAACAGCAGCUUCACGCACACUUCAUUUGUGCCGGAAGCAGACACAAACUCUUCGAGCUCGGAGGAUCAGCCACUAAUUGGCACUAAACGAAAGGCGGAAGUGCUAAAAGAGGGCAAAAUUGGUGUGACCAUCAAGACCUCACCCGAUGGACCAGUGCCUGCAACCAAACAACAAGCACAACAUCCAGCCGAACAACAACAAAAGCAGACGGAGUCAUCCACACCACUUAAGGCAGAGCUCUUGGUAGCGACGUUGAAGGAGAACGAUGGUGCUGAAUCAACACCUUGCACCGAAGAGGAGGAUGAUGAGCCCGUGCCACAAUCAGCUUCAUCACCAUCGGAGAAUAACAACAUACCAAAAUUGGGCGGCAGUGUCGCUUCUCUGGCACAAAAACAACAGCUUACGCCGCUCUCGCCGCGAGCUUUGCCACCACGUUUCUGGUUGCCCGCUAAGUGCAACAUAUCCAAUCGAGUGGUCAUCACCGAUGUGACCGUCAAUCUCGAGACAGUGACUAUACGGGAGUGCAAGACGGAACGUGGCUUUUUUCGUGAGCGUGACAUGAAAGGCGACUCUUCCCCGGUGGCUUAAAAGUGGCACGGGUUGCCUCCUAAAAAGUAAACAAGAAACUCAGAUGUAUAUACAUUUUUAAUUCCCCUCAACCCAAACAAAUUCAUAUAAAAUGUUUCAAAGCAUUUUUUUAAAAACUAACUUAUUUAUUAUGUACCUAUCUACCUAUACAUGUAUGUAUUUAUUUUUAGCGUAGUUUCUAGUUGUUGUUUUAUUACAAUGUUUAGAGAUCAGUGAGGCGUGCGUUAAGCAGCAGCAAAAUUUA